AUGUCAUAUUCGCGAUUACGUGAUGCCCUCAAACGAGUUCGCAUCGCUCGAGUACAGCUUUCUAAAUAUGCUUCUAUAUGUCUGCGUUUAUUCUUCACGAUCUCUUCUGGUGCUCGAGGUUUCAAAUCAACAAUGCACGCUGCAACUGAAUAUGGAUGACUUGAUACACAUGCAAUUCAUCAGGAGCCGUGCGCUGCUCGUCUGCUCCAAAGGCAGUAAAUCGAUCGAUGUUUGGCAUUAUAAGAACAGUGCAUUGAUUGGACAAUAUGAAUUCGAUGAGCCCAUCCUGGAGUGUUCUUCUAUCCUCGAAGCAGCACACAAAUUUGCGGUGAUCAAAGUUACACUUAAAAGUGGCUUAACUCACUAUUUACGUACGAAUGAUGUGAGAUAUAAUCAAAUGAUGGACAGUGAUCGAGUGCAUUUUAUAUCAGUGACUACAUUGAAGGAAAAACCUGGAAACAAGAGCAUCUUGUUGAACUCUGAAACGGAUGUUUACUAUUCUGAGGGACAAUCGCAUAUUUAUCUCUAUCAUUUCAAUAAUCCUGAGAACGAUCGCUUUAAAAAAAUUGAUAAUUUGCCUCCUCUUAAUGGUUUAGUCCUUUACAAUACGUGCAAUGGGUUUAUUACAACUGCACUCAUAUGGUUUACCAAUGAGUCUGCGGUUAUUUUCCACUCAUGUGGCAACCACUUCAUCAUACCCGGUGAAUACCACAGCGUCUGCAAAAUUAUGACUAAGGUAGCUCAACUUUGGUCACCUACUUUUUUUGUCUGUUUUCUCAAUCGAGAUGCCUCAAAAAUCAGUGUUUUCGAGUGGAAAUGUGAUCAAAAGGUGCAUAAGUAUCGUCUAGUCGCUCGUCUGAAGCUUGACCAGAAAGCUACUCAUUGUGUGUGUUCCAUAGGUAAGUAUUGGUUAGACAACGGUUCUUGUAGAUGGAUUCUUUGCCGCAGAUACUCAAGGGGGAAAACGCUACUUCAAAAUACUUCAAGCUAGUUCGGGUGUGGGUGUGGGUGUGGGUGUGGGUGUGGGUGGAUGUUGGUGUGGGUCUGCCUCUGGCUCUGGGUCUGCUGAGGGCGUGCAUGUGUUUGAAGUUAAGAAAAGCCACACCCACACCCACACCCACACCCACACCCACACCCCCACCCCCCCCCCCCCCCCCCCCCCCCCCCCCCCCCCCCCCCCCCCC